AUGGGGGACGAGCCGCUGCAGCCGCCGUGGUUGUCGUCGGGCGACGAGGGCGCCCCCGGCUGGAAGGACGCGGCGACGCAGCUGGAGCACAACGCGAGCUUGCGGCUGGGCUGCCUGCAGCGCGCGCGUCGCCUCACGGCUACGGUGUGCACCGUGUCGCCGGAGUGCGUCAACGAGGAGGAGAUGGACCGGCUGGUGGAGGCGGGGCUGACGACGUGCCGGCUGGACCCGAGCCGCGGCAGCCUGGAGCAGCUGGCCGCCGUGCUGCAGGCGCUGCGCGAGGCGGCGGCGCGCCGCGGAGCGCGCCUCGGCCUGCACUGGCCCAUCUCGGCCGCGCUCGUCACGAGCGGGCCCGCCAUCCGCACGGGACAUCUGUCGGGCGGCUUCUCCGCCGCCAUACACCUCGACCCGGGAGACGUCGUCACGCUCACGACGGACAGCCAGUACUCCGAAUCCUGUUCUGCCGACAACCUUUACGUCGACUACGAGAAGAUUACCAGUGUCGUCAACGUCGGAGACACGGUGUUGCUCGACGAAGGGCGCAUUUCGAUGAUUGUCAAAGAGGUGAAGAGGAAAAGUGUAAUAUGCGAAGUACAGAAGGGCGGCGCGUUGGCAAGUUUCAAGAGUGUAAAUCUGCCCGGCGUGACCCUCGACUUACCCGCCGUAACGGAAAGGGACCGCCGCAACCUCCAGUUCGGCGUCGAACAGGGCGUCGACAUAAUAUUUGCGGGCUCCGUACGCAACGCGGAGACCGUCAGGAAACUGCGGGCGGAGCUCGGAGAGAAAGGCUACGAGAUACUCAUCGUGGCCAAAGUGGAGAGCGAGGAGGCGGUAGAGAACGUCGACGAAAUUCUCAGCGAAGCGGACGGCAUAGCAUUAGGGUGCGGCGCGGCACACGUGGAAAUGUCGCCGGACAAGGCGCUGCUGGCGCAGAAGCUGAUCGUCGCCAAGUGCAACAUCGCGGGCAAGCCGGCGGUGUGCGCGGCGCGGACCGGGGCCGACGUGGCGGCGGCCGUGCAGGACGGGGCGGACUGCGUGCUGCUGCUGCAGGAGACGACGGCGGAGAGCCUGCGCGAGGCGGCGGCGCUGUGCCGCGCGGCCGAGGUGGCCGUGUGGGAGCGCCAGCUGACGCAGGACCUGCUGCGCGCCGCCGCCGCGCCCCGCGCCUCCGCCAUCGUCGUGCUGACCGCGACGGGGUGGUCGGCGCGCUGCAUCGCGCGCUUCCGGCCGCAGUGCGCGCUCAUCGCCGUGACGCGCAACUCGGCCGUGGCGCGCCGCCUCCACGUGCUGCGCGCCGUCCUGCCGCUGCUGUACAUGGCGCCGCCGCUGGAGGACUGGCCGCGCGACACCGACCUGCGCAUCCAGUACGCCCUCUCCUUCGGCCUCACCCAGGGCGUCGUCGGCAAGGGGGACGCCGUCGUGCUCGUCUCCGGCUGGCGGCCCGGUCCGGGGAACACCAACAAAGUGCGCGUCAUGUACGCCCCGCCCCUCAGUGAUGGCAAGUAG